CUCUUUGUUGGUAACUCGAUCAUUAUGCAGAGAAACCCGGCCAUAGCUGCGGUUCACACCUUCACUGCCAAGCUUUUUGUCGUGGAUAAGAUCCUUAUUACCGCUGGGCUGUACUGCACAUCCAUUCUGCUGUCAAGGAAUGUGAGAUUCUCGAUAUUAUGCAACUAAUCGAUCCCAAGACCGGGGAACCAGUUGAAAAGAAAAAGAAGACGGUCUUUGCAAAGAGGGGCAAUGUUUGCUUAUGCCGUAUCCAGGUGUCUACUAUGGUAUCCAUUGAAAAAUAUUCUCAUUCUCAACAGCUUGAGAGGCACAACAGUUGCACUUGGAAAAGUUACCGAGCUUGCAUAAGAACAGCAUGCAGUCUGGCAGUAGUGAAUAUCGGGUCAAGCAGCCGGUGGUGGCGGGGGUUGUCUUUUAUUUUCAAUAACUUUAUCGUUUGUCUAUUUUGUCUUAUUUUAUUUUCAUAUUCUCGUACUGAACUUUUAGUUGUCUUAAAAGACCUAUCCUUGCUAGCUGGUGCUCAGUAAUGAAUGGUUCAAAGUACUACGAGUAUAUAUUAUUGAAAACCAAAG